AACAAGGAAGAACCCAUUAAAAAGAGAAGGAAAACAAAAGAAAGAUAUGGUCUCCGCCAUCCCCAAACGUGUCCAUCGCUAGCUUCCGCUCCAAUGGUGAAGGCCUCCAGAUCUCUUAGAAAAAUCUUGGUCCUCCUCUUCCUUUCUUUGUUCACCUUCCAAGUAAUCGGCCAUGAAGGCCACGACCAUGGUGCCCCAUCACUUGCCCCUGAAGGUGCCCCAGGCGUUUCAUCGAUCGCUACAGCUUCUAUGAAAGCCUCGAGCCCUCUUUGGACAGUAUUGCUCCUACUGCUCGUUCAAUCUCUGUUAUCCUUCCAAGCACGCGCCCAUGAAGGCCAUGACCAUGACACCCACCCCGGUGCCCCUGCACGGGGCCCCAUCAGUGCCCCCGGCUCCCCCUCAUCCCCCACCACAUCCAUGGCUUCAGUUCCUAUCAAAGCCUUGAGCUCUCUUUGGGCAGUCUUGCUCCUCCUCCCCUUCCUGCCCUUCCAAGCGAAAACCAAAUCAUGCCACGACCACGACGCCAACUUUGAUGCUGAUGCAGCAAACAGCGGUGAUCACCAAGGUACCAGUGCCUCAUCGGUAUUUUGGGUUCCCAUGAAGGCCUCAAGGCCGCUUUGGAAAACCUUGCUCCUCCUCCUCUUCCUCCUUCUGUCAACCUCCCUAGUGAAUGCCCAUGGAGGCCACGACGACCACGAUGCCAAUGGAGAUGAGCAGGACAACUUGAGGUCGAGAGGUCUGAUCGCUGUGAAGAUCUGGUGCCUUGUGAUCCUUUUGGUGAGCACCUUCGCAGGUGGAGUCUCUCCCUACUUCUACAGAUGGAACGAGAGCUUCCUGCUCAUGGGGACCCAAUUUGCUGGUGGGGUCUUCUUGGGGACCUCACUCAUACACUUCCUGGCGGAUGCCAACAGCACCUUCGCUGAUCUCACGUCCAAAACUUAUCCUUUCGCAUUUAUGCUAGCAUCAGUCGGUUACCUGCUCACCAUGUUUGGGGACUGCAUCAUCGUCUGGGUGACGCAGGGUGGAAGGAAGGAGGCGAGAGUGGAGGUGGAGGGAGCUGGGAAACGCCGCGAAGAGCAUGGGGAGGAGAUGAGGCUGGAUCUCCAUCCGGCUUUCGUGAGGACGACGACGCUGGGAGACACGUUGCUGCUCAUCCUAGCCCUUUGUUUUCACUCCGUUUUUGAAGGGAUAGCUGUCGGAGUUGCAGAUACGAAGGCCAGUGCAUGGAGGAACCUAUGGACUAUAAGCCUGCACAAAAUCUUCGCAGCCAUCGCCAUGGGAAUUGCACUGCUUAGGAUGUUACCCAAGAGGCCAUUCUUGAUGACGGUGGUCUACUCACUUGCCUUUGCCAUUUCGAGCCCCAUUGGUGUUGGAAUUGGCAUUGCCAUUGAUGCCACAACGCAAGGACCAGUGGCCGAUUGGAUCUAUGCCAUCUCCAUGGGUCUUGCCUGCGGGGUGUUCAUCUAUGUGGCCAUCAACCAUCUCAUUUCCAAGGGCUUCAAGCCGCAAGAACCAAGUUACUUCGACACUCCCUUCUUCAAGUUCUUUGCAGUACUCAUUGGGGUUGCCAUCAUAGCUGUAGUCAUGAUAUGGGAUUGACAUUGAGUGCGACUUUGCUUGCUGGUCUUUCAUAUUAUUCCCGAUUUAAAUAGACUUGGGUCUGUGUUGUGAAGUUUGAUUUGCUGAUGUAUUUAUCUUGAUUUACAUGUGGUUUGCGCUGUGGAAAUAGACCAUAAGUUCUUUAAUAAGGAGUCAGUAUAUGAGAAACCACCUUGGUUUUAUUGAUAGCUUUUAACUUUUUUUCUUGAGAUAAAAAAUAUUUCGACGACCGUGGUAUUUGAACUAUGAGGGGCGUGUAACUUUGAAAUUA